AUGUCCGUCCCGAUCUCUAUAGUUCGCUCGAACUCGAGCACAAAGUCUCAACAGCUGGCCGAACUCCUUCACUUCCCAGCUUCUCCAAACUACUCUUGUGAACGUCAUGCCUGCGCCUUCCCAUCUUGGCCCGACAGACCGACUCUCAACUCUCCAGACCUGUCUGCUCACUCCGAAGACAGCGGGUUCUUCUCGGAUCUCGAUUUGGCUGGUCACAGCGUUGGCAUGCAGCGUGUACGAUCCAACCAGCGACCGUCAAACUACUUGGAAUUGGAGUUCGAAGAUGACGAUGAAGAUGAUUCUUCCGACAACUCUUGCGCCGUUUCCCUUAGCUCGACACCUGAGACUCAGAGGAAGCCUCCAAAGAGAUGUGACUCUAAGAGCAUCAUUGCCAACGAGCUCCGAAGGGAACGCAUUGCCUCCGGCAGAUGCAAGAAAAACGUUCGAUUCGAACACAAAUAA